GCGGGCGGCGGCUUCAAUAGGUGUCACUGAGCACGCUCAGCUUGCGCGGGCGCGCUCCAUAGCUGCAGAGCCGAAAGUUGCUGCCUCUCCCCCCUGAGUCUCCCGGAGGCAGCGGCGGGAGGGACGCGCUGCGGGGCCUGGCGCCGCGUUGUUGUGGUUCCGGGGCGCGGCGGCCAUGGCUGUGCUGCUGGAGACCACGGUGGGCGACCUGGUGGUCGACCUGUACACGGAGGAGAGGCCCAGAGCUUGUCAGAACUUUCUGAAGCUUUGCAAAAUCAAGUACUACAACUACUGCCUCAUUCACAAUGUACAGAGGGAUUUUAUUAUACAAACUGGUGACCCCUUGGGGACUGGCCGUGGAGGGGAGUCCAUCUUUUGUAAACUCUAUGGUGAUCAAGCUAGAUUUUUUGAGGCAGAAAAAGUGCCAAGAAUUAAGCACAAGAAAAAGGGAACCGUGUCAAUGGUGAACAAUGGCAAUGAUCAACAUGGAUCUCAGUUUCUUAUUACUACAGGGGAAAACCUAGAUUACCUUGAUGGUGUGCACACAGUGUUUGGAGAAGUAACAGAAGGCAUGGAUGUAUUAAAGAAAAUUAACGAGACCUUCGUUGACAAGGAAUUUGUUCCUUAUCAAGACAUCAGGAUAAAUCAUACAGUGAUAUUAGAUGAUCCAUUUGAUGACCCCUCUGGUUUAAUAAUACCUGACUGCUCCCCAGAGCCCAGCAAGGAACAACUAGAUAGUGGCAGAAUAAGAGCAGAUGAAGAAAUUGAUGACUUCAAAGGAAAGUCUGUUGAUGAAGUGGAAGAAAUUCAGGCAGAGAAAGAAGCAAAAACUCAGGCCAUUCUUUUGGAAAUGGUGGGAGAUUUACCAGAUGCAGAUAUCAAACCACCAGAAAAUGUGCUGUUUGUCUGUAAACUGAAUCCUGUGACCACAGAUGAAGACCUGGAGAUAAUAUUUUCACGAUUUGGGCCCAUUAAAAGCUGUGAAGUGAUUAGAGACUGGAAGACGGGUGAAUCUCUUUGUUAUGCUUUCAUUGAAUUUGAAAAGGAGGAAGAUUGUGAGAAAGCCUACUUCAAAAUGGAUAACGUGCUGAUAGAUGACCGGAGAAUACAUGUGGAUUUUAGCCAAUCUGUUGCAAAGAUUAAAUGGAGAGGAAAAGGUGGGAAGUAUACCAAGGAUGACUUCAAAGAGUAUGAAAAGGAAUGUGAUAAACCUUCCAAAUUAACUUUGAAGGAGAAAGUAAAGCUAAAUCAAGACGCAAAGUAUGACCUUGUGCUGGAUGAGGAGAUAGAGGAGGCUAGAGCAAGUCACCUACACUCAGGUAAAAAACACAAGAAGAAAAAGCACCGCCAUUCAGAUGAUGAAGAGGAUGACAAGAAGACCAAAAAAUCCAAGGACUCUGACCGACAAUAUGAAGAAGAAUGCUGUAGAGAGAAAAGAAAGAGUGAAAAGAGAGACCGACAUCAAAGUCGCAGUCGCAGCCAGUCUCGGGACAGAGACAGCCACUACAGUUCCAGCAAAUCUAAAGACAAAUACCGAGGAGAGCUUUGGGAAAGAGAGCGUGAUAAAAAGAGAGACCGAAGCAGAAGUCCUAAGAAAUCCAAAGAUAAGGAGCGGUCCAGAUACAGAUGAUCUCCCCUUCUCUUUUUAUAUUUGUAUAAUGCAUUGGAAACAACUGUGCAGGUACCAGAGCAAAGUUGUGUUUGCCAGUGCUUCUUGAUCUUUCAAUUCCAGGAGUGCCCAGUGUACAUGUGUAACCUUUGAUAGCGUAGAAUACUGCUUGGUUCUGGAUGACUGUCUCAAUAAAGGAUUUUGUAUUUUAUGUGUAUUUCUUUGCUAUUUCACUACAGGGCUAAAAGUUGCAGUGUAGAGGUAUGGGCCUCUACAUCACCAGCCCACCCCAAAUGUCUACACUGCAAUUUUUAGCCCUGCAGCCUGAGCCAAUUGACCCAAGCUCUGAGACUCAGUUCAGUGGGGUUUUUUUUGUUGCGGUGUAGACCUACCCUGAGACCCCCAGAGCUAGGAACAGUGAUCAGUCAGGGUGGGAUUCAGCACAUGGUAUUCAACUGUUGGAUUGUAUUACAACAGACUGUCCAGAGUGGGACCGAUUGAGUAGUAUGGUUUUCUCUUAGCCCUAAGAAAUACAAGGGAGUUGGGUUUUGUCUGUCACUUCCUACUUUGCUAUAAGAAAAUCCAUUCCUUGAAAAAGGUUCUCUUGUUUUGAAGACAGAAAUGGCUUCUUUUUUCACCACAUGUCUAGUAAACACUUAAAACUAUUAACACAAUUCUUAUUCUUAAUGCUUGCUGUAUCUGAAAUUAAUGCUGCUGAAGAGAGAUGGAUUGAUGAUCUUGGAUACUCUUUAUCCAUAGCACUGAUGGUGUCAGUGCAAACUUUCCAUGCUGCCUUUCAAAUGUGCAAAAGUCACUGUACUCAAUACAGAGGUACAGAGUAAUUACUUGAGUGCAGGGGACUGGACUAGAUGAACAAUUUGAGGUCCCUUUCAAUCCUACUGUUCUAAGAUUUAAAUACAAAUGUAAGUACCUAAAUUUAGGAGAUGCCAAAUGGGGCUGAGAAAUUCUGGCAUACCUACCUCAAUUCCCAGCAUGUCUCACUAUGUGAAGGCUGCUAUUCUGGAAAAUAUCCAAACUCUUCCUGCUACAAGUUCUAAGCACUAUGAGAUAAAUGGAAUCCAUUGCUAUGAUCAUGCUCAUGUUGUCUGGUGCGUUCAGAAGUAACAUUACAGUGUAGAUGAACUCUGUUGCAAGGUCAGCUGAGACAACCAGCCAUUUCACACCAUGACUGUCCUUGCGAUGGUUUUGUGGCUUAGUAGAGAAAGAUUCUUCUUUUAAUAAUAGGCCAUAAUCAUGCCCUGUAUGUCCUAAGAAAGCUGACUCAUUCUACUCAUGUUGCGUUCAUACUUCCCUACUGUUCUUUCAUUUUUGUCAGUUACGAUAGCUUCAACUUCAGGAUUAAUACUGACACUUGAUGAGCAUGAUAUUUAAAUAAUCCAUUUCCCUGGUAAUGUUGAUUGUAAAACCACAAACCUCGGAGCAGAAACCUCAGCUUCUUUACGUUCACUUAGCUGUGGCUGUGACGUCUUUUCAAGGGGAAUUUUUCAGACACUCCAGGGCAUCAGUGCAGUUUUCUGAGCUCAAGAUUUGGGGUUUCCCCUCUUCUUUCCUUAUAGAAUUCCCUUUUCCUUAAACAGCUUUAAAGUACAGUAGCACACUCUCAAGUAUCUUAUUCCAUGGUGGCGGGGAGUUAUAGAUCUGAGUUUCAAUGGAGCUUCCAGUCCUCUGCUCUUGUCCACAUGCAACUUUGUAGACACCUCUCUACACACAUAACAGCUGCACACAUAGGUGAGAGAAUGUUUAUGUUCAAACCCCCAAUCACCUGCCAGUGCUGGUGUUAAUGCACUAAAAAUGUUUGCAGGAAGCCAGGGUCUCAAAAUAGAGGCCUAAGGUUACACCUUUGACAUAUUGGUGGGGAAUGAGAGGAGCCUGAUUUUUAGCAUUCUGGGGCUGGUUGGUGCACUAUUCUAGACGAUGUGAUAGGGAGGAUCCACAAGUAAUCGGUCAUCCUAUACUCUUCCAGGUACCUUCUUUACCUUAGUAUUUCAUCUCAAUUGUCUUGCUGAUGGUUUCCUGUUUUGAUCUUCGUAGGUAGAUAUUUAGUAUUUUAUGAAUUUGCUCUAGUAUGAUCAGCUCUGUCAGUUCAUAUUUUGGCAGCUUCGGUAGCUCUCAAUCCAGCUCUGUUUUCUAUAAUCAAAAUGCCGACUUGUAAAUGCUAUAAUCAUAUCGUGUUUCCCUUCUGUGAAAUACUGACUGGGGCAUUUGCCAAAGUUAUUCCUCCAUACUUCCCCCUGUGCAUGAGAUGUCCUCCCAGUUCUAUCCUACAAGUCACUUACCCCUCUCUCUCACGCAUGCUAUUCGAAUGGAUUCUUAAGACUCACUUUUUGCCUGAUGUCCAUAAAAAUGAGUUGUAAUUAUUCUGAUAAAUAUGUUUAAGUGCACCACCAAAAUGUGCAUGUGCUUUAAUUGAGUAACCAGCUGAUCUUAUUGGUGUGUCUCUUCUUUCCUCGUCUCCCCAUGGCUUGUUGCUCUGUCUGUCAGGUCUAAAAUUAGUCUCUAAUCCUGCAAUUGAGAGCAUACUGUCAAGUGUAAAAUCAGAGCCAGAGACUGUAAGCUCUUUGGGGCAGGGAGCUAGUUCUGAAAAGCGCCUAAUACCCUGAUGGCUAAGAACAAUCUGAAAAAUGUUAAAUGACAGUAGGUCACUCAAAUGCUUGUUGUAUGUGAUAUAUUGCCUGAACACCUUUGCUCUAGCUACUGUCAGAUUUUUGUUUUGUUUUGAAGUGAUGGUCUUAAUGUAAUGCACUGUGUCUGCAUUAAAAAAGUAACCGUGAAUUUUGUAGGUGUUAUGACAAAUCUUUAAAGCUGAAGGAUGUUUUCAGGAGCACUUAAGAAAUCUCCGGUUGACUAGUAAUAAACUUUUCAACUUGAA